CCUGUUUAAUUUAUUGAAAAAAACAAUUUCCAUGCUUGAUAGAUACCACAGGACGUCAUAAAUGAAUCCAUUUACUCUGUUUAUGACGUCGCUAUGUACACUCUGGGUAAUAAAAUGAAGGCAUAUAGCAUCAGGGCAAGUUAAUAUUGAGUUUGGGAAGCAGUUUAAAGCAUGAUUGAAAAGGAUAACAAGACAGAACUAGCCUUAAAAAGAUAUUCACUGAGAACUGCCAGCUUUACAAAAUCUAAACCAAAGUGGCACUGCGAUGUUGUGCUCCCGAAUAUCACGGAGGAAUUUACAAGACUUAAAGUAAAAAGACAACCUUUGCGUCGAAGAAAAUGUGCUUUAACCUGUGGUGGAGUACCAGCGCCGUCUGCCGGUGGAGAUCCGGAGGAAAGUGACAACGAUGAUAAAUCUGAAAUAGAACAGCCUCGGGGUGGGAAUGUGUUUCUGGCUAAAUGGAAAAGCGAAAACGCAAAAACGAGUUUUAAAAAUAUUGUUCGUGCCAUUAUAAGAGCAAGUAGAUGGAAGAUACCUUUGGUUAGCGUAAAAGAAGAGCACAGCACAGAAGACCUUAACAAAACAUGGUACGAAGAUCAGAAUACUUUGCAUUUCAACGUAAACGCCUUUAAAGCUGGCAGCUCAGGCAAUGCCGGUUUGUCGAAGAGGGCACGUUUCAUUUUAAUGAAAAACGCUUGGGAAAGAUCAGAAGAAGAACUUGAGCUCAUUCAUUCCGUCGUUGAUCAAAUGAAGUGCUUUGCUAAAUACACCCCGAUGGUCAGGCAUGAGUUGGCUAGAGUAAUGCACUUUGAAACAUUUGAGGAUGGGCGAGUGAUAAUACAGGAAGGUCACCAAGGAUUUUCAAUGUACUUUAUAGUUACUGGGAGUGUGAUGGUGCAGGUCAGCCAGGUAGAUAAUCGAACUGGGGAGCGAAAAAAUCACGUGGUGUCCGAAAUCCCAGCUGGUAGUUCUUUCGGAGAACUCGCGUUGAUUCAGGAAGACAAGAGGUCAGCCACGAUCGUCUGCAAAGGUACUUCGCAGUUCCUUCGUCUUGAUAAACCUGACUUUAACAUGGUCCUCCGGAGGAGUUGUGAGCAAGAGUGGGAAGAUAAGAUGCAGAUGCUGCGAUCUUUAUCUUUUUUUUCAAACUGGAGCAAGAAUGGACUGUCGUACAUUAAUCGUAACUGCAGAGUGGUCGAAUUUCCCAUUGAGUCGAUUAUAUUGGGCGACACGACCGAAACACCGGAACACAUGUAUUUCAUCGUGUCGGGAAUUUGCAAAAUAGUUAAACAAGUCACCAUAUUAGAAACUACGUCACACUUAGGAACAGGACAAACCAUGCUCUCCUUACCACCCGAUGAUGCGUUGAAAGCUGCUCAGAGUAAAAGUAAAGCGAUCAGCAAGCGAUUUCUAGUAAUAGGUCAAAUGGAAAAGGGGGAUUACUUCGGGGUCGGAGAGGAUUUGAGCUCGACUUUCAUUAUGGCGUCAACAAAAGUUGAUUGUUUAGUAGUGCCACGUCACACUGUAGUGGCACUGGAACGAUCAUCUACCUUGACCGGAGCUUCCGACAUUAGGAAAGUGGUGACGGUUCGGGAAAUGCUGCAUCAUGCCGAGUCACGCUUCUUAAGCGAAGAAAAUGCGUUUGAGAAAUGGAUGUCCAAUUUACGGUGGAAAAAUUACAAACGAAAAAUGUUAAACGAUAUCCUAUCGCGCAAACCGGCUUCGCUUGCAAUGAGAAACGCUAGAAUAUCCGCUCGGAAAACGAGAAUCAACUGUUUGUCAAGAAAGGUUUCUACUCUCGGCUACCCUCUUGCGGACAGUAAUCGGCCGCCAACGCCGAUAUAUCGAAGAUCGGGCUACCAGAACACGGACCAGCAUGUACGUCUGCCACCAAUCAAAAAUGCGUUCGAGCCACCGUCGCCCAAACAAAGUCGGAAAAACGCACCGGAGUUUCAAAGGCAAACACGCGCAAGAAGAUCUGUCGUCCACCCGGGAAGCAUAAAAACAACAAAAACUCGACCUGGAGCUUCAAACACCGGCAAGCAGUUUACUCUACCAAGAGCUGAUCAAUCUAGGGCCGAUGAUGUCACUCCUUCUAUACUAAAGCGGGGCCGCAGCAAGCUGUCCAACAUGCUUCGGUUUAAUGUGUGAAUUUCAAAUUUGAGAAGCAAUUGUGCAAUUUCGAAACGUUACUUCAUAAAUAACAACGUAUCGGUGUUAACCUUGAUUUUAUAUUCCAUCGUUUUGGUUGCGUGGUGUUUGUUGUGUGUUAAAAAUGUAUUCAUAUAAGAUAACGCUAUAUGCAAAUACAAUAGAUUUUGUAAAUAAAA